CAAGCGGACACAGUGACGUCAUUAAUGUGCGCCGGGGGCUUUCCUUUUUUAUUUUAUCUUUGGAGGCGGUAUUAUCUUCUUUACUCCCGUCGAGUAUACAACAAUUUCCUUUCAUACAGAAUGCCUCUUCCGCCGGCACUGCUGGCCCGCUUGGCCAAGAGAGGGAUUGUAAAACCAUCAGAUCAAGCAGAGGCAGAUGAGGAGAUUAUUGCUGAAGAUUACGAUGACAACAACGUGGACUAUGAAGCUACCAGAGUAGAGAACCUGCCUCCAAACUGGUACAAAGUGUUUGACCCGGCCUGCGGUCUCCCCUACUACUGGAAUGCAGAGACAGAUCUGGUUGCCUGGCUAUCCCCAAAUGACCCUACAGCAGUCAUAACGAAACCUGCCAAGAAAGUAAAAGCUGAUGUCACGGAUGAGAGAGCUGAUAGACCAUUUGAGAAGUCAGAAAAGGAACGAGAAAGAGACCGGGAAAGAGAACGAGAUCGGGAGAGAGACCGGGACAGGGAAAGGGAGCGAGAACGGGACAGAGAGAGAGACAGAGACCGGGAUGAAGGGAGGGACAGGGACCGAAGGAAACAGAGGAGAGACGACAUUGCACCGUACGGAAAAAGCAAAAGAGGGAGAAAAGAUGAUGAGAUGGACCCCAUGGAUCCCAGUGCUUAUUCUGAUGCUCCAAGGGGUUCUUGGUCGAGUGGCCUCCUUAAACGAAACGAAGCAAAGACAGGCGCAGACACCACAGCAGCAGGGCCUCUGUUCCAGCAGCGGCCGUACCCCAGUCCUGGAGCCGUGCUGCGAGCUAACGCUGCAAACCAUCCACCCAAGGAGUGAGCAGAGAUCCCACAACCACCGCUUCAAAC